AUGUCGUUCCUUUUGCCCGGCCAAGGCUACUUUAAGGACACGGCUCUUGGUGACGACGCCGACAUCGAGCACCUCGUCCUCUCAGGCAAGCUCUUCGGCGGCGGCGGCUCGCGCUCGUCCUCGCCCGCGCGCUCAGAAAGCACAGACAUCUCGUUCGCAUCCGACAUCUCAGACGACGACGAGCUCUUCCCGCCCCUCGCUCAGUCCAAUGGCGGCAGCAGCGCCGCCGCCGCCGCCGAACCGGCGCAGGAGUCGAUAGGCAUGGGCCCAGGCCGCACGGGCGUGAAGGGCGUGAUCCGCGACCGGCGCGAGGCGGCGUCGCGCGAGGCGCGGAGGCGCGCGAAGGAGGCGGAGGCGGUGAGGCGCCGGAUGGAGCGUGCGAGUUUGGGCGGGAAGACGUUUCUCGAGGAGGAGCGCGAGCGGAUUGCGAUGGAGGCUGCGCUCGAGGGCGGCGGGAACGGGAAAGGAGUGGACCCCGUUGGGCGGCCGAGCGAGGGAAGGUUCGGGCAUCUGAGGGAAGUGGGGCGCGCGGGGUUUGUGGGUGCGGUGGAGAAGGAGGAGAGGGGGGUGUGGGUGGUUGUGCAUCUCUAUGAUUCGAGUUUGGACAGGUGUUACAAGCUAGAUGAUACGCUCGCCCGCCUCGCGCGACAGUAUCCGCAGACCAAGUUCCUGCACGCCCGCGCUGCUGCGCUCGGAUUUGCCUCUACGCGUUCGUCGGGACAGCCAGCGCGGACGGGGUUGAGCGUCUCUCGCGUGAGCAAGAUGCCUGGGCGAUUCGACGAUGACGACGAGGACCCAUACGACGACGGCCAGGCUGACGAGAAAUACUACAGCGAUGACGAGGAAGAGGAAGAGGACGUCGAUACAGACAUGCUCCCGACGAUGCUUGUGUACCGCGACGGUGAAUUGGUGCACAAUUGGGUCCGCGUAGACUGGGAGGCCGGUGACGCGGGCGUCGAAGACCUGCUCUCAAGGCGGCAUAUUAUUGCCACAGGGACGGGUCGAAGCUACGGCGGAUUGGGUUCGGACGAAGAGGACGAGCUGGAUUGGAGCGAUUCGGGCGACCUGCUGGAGUGAAGAGCUGGAGGGCAUCUGAUGCGUAGGGCUACGCAGGGACGCACUUUCCCGUGCGGUGGUCCCACAUAGACUUGAUAUGAACUCGUGCCGGGUGGGCAGGCGCUCGUGUCGGAAGGGUACAGUGAGUUGCGGACCCGGGCGUGUGGAACAGGGUGCGUGAUUGAGAAGUGGGUGCCAUGGUCUUUUUUCUCUGGCUCGGCAAUGGGUCGGGUCCGUUGGUUUGGUAUGGCCAAGAGAAACAUUACACGUAGGUUUCCGCGACAUGAUGGGUAACAAGGCGGUUCGUUCUUGCUAGUGUUCUGUUACGGGUACUGUCAAUUAUCAUCUUGGAUAUGUUUU